AUGUCGUGGCUGCCUAUGCUUUGCCUGACUGCCCUGCCUCAUCUAGGAGGGCUCUAUGGAGGUUACAUCACACGCAAGCAGGUGAAGACUUGGUACCCCUCUCUCAACAAGCCACCAUGGCGUCCACCCAAUUCUGCGAUCCCUAUAGUGUGGACUACUCUCUACACAGGCAUGGAGUAUGGCUCCUACCUGGUGUGGAAGGAGUGUGGGGGGUUCACUGAGGAUGCUGUGGCACUUUUGGGUCUUAACGGGUUGCAGCUGGCUCUCAACUGGUCCUGGACUCCCAUCUUCUUUGGUGCACACAAGUUGAAAAUGGCCCUCAUCAAGAUAGUGAUGCUGACUGGUGCUGUUGGAGCCACCAUGGUAUCCUGGUAUCCGGUCAAUCGCACUGCCAGCCUGCUCCUGACACCCUACCUGGCAUGGCUGUGCUUGGCCACCUCCCUCAACUACUGCAUCUGGAGAGAGAACCCGGAUGGGGAUGGAAAGGAGGAGUAG